AACAUUUUCGUCUAUUAUUGGGAACGACGUUUGCAAAGAAAGCGACGGAAGAGGCCUAUUUUCCGGUUUGAGGGAGGAGGAGGGGGAAAGUUUGGCUCAUGGCUCUGCUUUUAGCUGCUUUAUUAAUAGUCUGCGGAAUAUCGAACAAGGCCAUCGUCAUCGGUCAGACCUGUGUGGAGGAGAGCAGGUUUAAGGAGCAGGUGGUUUAUUUAGGGCCUUCAUAUGAACUGCAGUGUCCUCUGCAGACACUUCAGCCUCAGAGUCUCCCCCGAUCCCUGUGGACCUGGCAGAAGGACUGUCAGCCGCUCCAGAAUCAGGAAGGAAACGCCUUCCUGAAGUUCUCCAGCAUCCGCUUAGAGGACCAAGGAAACUACACUUGCACUCAGCAAGGAAACAGUACUCCAUCAUUCACUGUGCGCCUCGUAGUAAAGGAGUCUCAGUGUGUUAAAGCUCCAGAGUUUAAACCAAACGGCGACCCAACCAAACUCUGGAGGAGUGUGGGCUCUGUUGUGAAACUGAACUGCACUGCUCUGCUCUACUGGGACCCAUCAGAGGAUCAGUGUGAAACCACACUGCAGUGGAGCAAAGAUGGCCAGCCACUCACCAACCACACUCUCUACCUGCACAACACAACAUCCUGGUCCCCCGAUGCAGGCCGGCUGGUUGUCAGUAAUCUCCUGGAGUUCACCCUUAGAGAGGCAGAGGAGUUUGGACUGUACAGCUGCACCGUGAGAAACAUUUCUGCUGACUUCAGCGUGCAAAAUUCAAACGGUCCCAGCCACACAGCUGCAGUGAUUGCAGCCAUCGUCCUCCUCCUUCUGCUAGGGACAGCAGCUGUGCUUUACUCCAGGUGCCACCUCAAUUUCAAGCUCUGGUACAAGAACUCCUACGGCGAUUAUGAACUCAAUGAUGGAAAAUUAUACGACGCCUACAUCUCUUAUGUCAACAAUGAUUAUGACAGGAAGUUCAUCAACUUUAUCCUCAAACCUCAUCUGGAGAAUAAAAAUGGGUACAAGGUGCACCUCAACGAGAACGAUAUCCUGCCCAACACUGAGCCUUCAGCAGAGCUCCUAAUGAACAUAAGCCGCUCGCGCCGCCUCAUAGUGCUUCUCUCUAACGCUUAUCUGGAGCAGGACUGGUGCACAAAUAAUUUCAGACAGGGCCUCCUGCACUUGCUGGAGUUAUGUCAGGAGCCGAUCCUGAUCACGUUGGACGGUCAGUUCAAACGCAUGAGUCCUGAGAUAAAGCAGCAGCUCAGUGAGAACCAGCACCGCCUCACCUUACUCACCUGGAGGCACAACUCUGUGACUCCGUCAUCAGCAUUCUGGAAGGAGCUAGCAUUAGCAAUGCCUCGCAGAGUCAUUUUCCACAAGGAUUCUGCAGGCGACCCCCAGACCGUGCUGCAGGACGAUAAGGACCCCAUGCUGACCCUUGACCCCGACUACCUGGACUGUCGCUCUGACACCGACCCUGCUGGAGAUUUGGGUCUUCGUCUCCCGAUGCACAGGGCUCUGGCCUGUAAAGCUCCUGUCCUUCCUGCUGCUCCAGUUGAGGAAGCUCAAGCAAAAGCCUCCGACAUCGAUGUCUCUGAUCUGGGAUCUCGCAGCUAUGAAGCACGUUCAGACUUCUACUGCCUGGUCACCGAGGACAUUUAAUUCCUGCUUAUAUUUAAAAUUCAUUACUAUGUAUUUAUGCUUCUUGCAGCUGUUUUUUUUUUCUUUUGCUAUACAUUGAUCAUAAUGCCAAUUUUUAACUAUCACAGAUUGAGCUUUUUAUGUUUUUCAGUUUUGUGACAUUGUAUAGAUCAGAAACACUAAAAGAAAAUUUUGGUUGAUUUUUGUAAAUAUUUAUGUUCUUUUAGUGCCUGAAGGAGAAAGUAAAUAUGCAAAGACUUUGCUAUUUAAA